UUCGCUCCGUGCACCCGCUUCCUAUCCCGCCUGCACACCCCCUCUUCCGCAUGUCGCUGCACGCACUGCACGCACUACACGCCUCACACGCCCCCAAAAGGGCUCUUUUUCUCCGCGGCCCCUCCUCCUCUCCGGCUCUCCACCGCAUCCUUGCCGAUCUCUCUGCGCUUGCUCCCGACUCUGUCUCUCUGUCCCGCCCGAACGCCCUCUACCCCUUCGACGACCCUGCUUCCCUCGAAUUCCUCGCACACAAGAACCACGCUGCGCUUGUUGUUGUUGCUUCGUCCUCCCGUAAGCGCGGUGACGUCCUUAUCUUUGCCCGCCUCUUUGACGGUGCCCUCCUCGACAUGCUCGAACUCUGUCUCUCUGAUGCCCACCCGAUGCACCUCUUCUCUGCCAAGUCUCCUUGCGGCCUCCGCCCGCUCCUUCUCUUUGCUGGCGCCCCCUUCGACGUGUCUCCGCCGCACCGCCUCUGUUCCUCGCUGUUCCUCGACCUCUUUGGCGGCCCACUUCCGCGCAUCCACGCCGACGGCCUCCAACACGCUGUCUGCCUUACUGCGACCGACUCACACGCGCACCUGCGCGUCUACACGCUGUGCCGCGGCGCUACCAGCGUCUCUCUCUGUGAGGCCGGCCCGCGGCUCGACUUUACGCUGGGCCGCGUACGCGAGGCGUCUGCCGCGCAGCUGCACGCUGCAACGGCGCCGGCAGCUGUACCGCGGCCACCACGCAACACCUCCCUCAGCAGCCGUGGCGACCGCGUCGGACGCGUGCAUGUUGCACAGAGGCUGAGUCUGCAGACACGCAAGUUCCGCGCGCUACGGGCGCGGAGGACCGGCGGCUAACGCGGCGGAGCAUGCAGUGCUCGGAGAGGAGCGUUGUG